GUUUUCUCAACAUGCUUUUUCUAUAUCGCUUCACAGGACACAACAGCAACGAGAGGCUACAGCGAAGAAGAAUUUCUAAAGUUGUACAAGUCUGUAAAUGGAGACAGUAAGAAGAUGGCAACCGUAUGCCUUACUCCUGAGGAAUGCCUAGAAAUCUGGGACGAACUGGUCACAAUAGGCAAUAGAAGUAUGAUAGUAAGAUCAGCAACAAUGUGGCUUUUCUCUCUAGCAGUGCUAGCACUGAGACUUCCUAAAGUGUUAUCAAGAUCUAAUCUUGAUACAAGAAGCUGGAAAAUCAACUGGGAACUCGACUUUAAGGGCAGAACCGAUGACGCUAUAUUUUCAAUGAUAAGACAGAUGUAUGAAAGUGGAGUGGUCAGAGAAGAAAGCUUUUCUCGCUCACAAGUGCUGUCAAUUGGACUUGGAGCGGGUCUUCUGAAUGGAUAUUUGCAUAGUGAAUAUCCUAGGGGUAACCGCACUUCUGAGCAUGCUCGAAGUCUGUGA